AUCAUCGCAGGCCUGUCAAGCUUCCUCAACUCCGAGAAAUCCCUCUCCUCACACCACCAUCACCAAACCCGUCCGCUUACUAUCGCCCAUCGCGUCUCGAGCGAUUGCGCACCACCUGAUUCUUUAUUUCUUCCCCGCGACCCCAGAUUUCAUUGUCUUGGACGGUUUGAUGGCCAGGACCCGUUCACGCGGCGAUCAAAGGCAUGCACGCGACACCCGGUACAUCAUCUGCCACAACCUGCUAUAGGCAUCAUCGCUAGAAGCUUCAACACUUCGCAACCACACCGCGACCAGUCGCAAUGGCCUUUAAUUUCAACUGGUCGCCGCUUAUUGCGGAUACGUCUCGCGCGCGCGACAUGCUGACGACGGCCCUGAACAAGUCGCCGAAGCCGCCCAUCAUCGUCGACGACAUUAUCGUUACCGAGCUGAAUCUUGGUUCAACGCCGCCAGAGUUGGAGAUACUGGAGAUUGGGGAUUUGGCGGAGGAUAGAUUCAGGGGCAUAUUCAAGAUGCAGUAUACAGGCGAUGCGUUUCUGACGCUCAAAACAAAGGUCCAGGCCAACCCGCUGAAUACGUACCUCUCCACGAAACCCGACUUCGCCUCGCCCCAGCCGUUGGCUGCGUCCUCCGGAUUAACCAUCCCGCUGCAAAUCACGCUCUCCGAUAUUCGCUUGUCUGGUUUCGUCAUAUUGGUUUUCUCAAAACAAAAGGGAGUGACGCUGGUCUUCCGAAACGAUCCUUUGGAGUCGCUAAAAGUUUCGUCGACCUUCGACUCCAUACCGUUUGUGCGAGAUUACUUACAAAAGGAAAUCGAGGGACAGCUUCGCGUGCUGUUUAUGGAAGACCUGCCGGCUAUCAUCCACAGACUCUCGCUGCGGUUAUGGUCGCCAGAGUACCAAGAGCUCGAGGCUGAGACGGAAGAAAGAUUAGAAGGCUCUAAGGAUACUACCGCGCCUAUCGAUCCGCUCUCAGCACCGCCGCAAGAUGCUGUCGAUGCGUUUGGGAACCCCAUCGACGCGUCUCAGACCUCCAACCUAUCCAUCGACUCUGCCUCCGAAAUGCACGCGUCCUUCUCACAAAAGAACAUUUUGCGUCUCGCUGCGCUGUCCGAGUCGCAGCGCACUCUAUCCCUCUUCACGCCCAGCAUCCGCGAAGCAGUCUUCCGCGCUUGGGCUACGCAACCAGACCGGCCCGACUCCGGCGCCGCCACUCCCGCACUUACACAAUCAAGUCUGUCUAGGAUACAGUCUACGUUCGGUAGCACGAAGUCGAAUUCCUCCUCCGUCGCGUCCGGUAGCACCGGAAACGAGACCUAUAGCUCGCGCCCCACGCUUGUAUCGCAACAUUCGGCAGCUGCAGGACUGAGCCUCGGCGCCAACCGCGCACGCGGUCACCACAUGCGCAGGCCAAAGAAGCGCGUCGUUGAUCUGCGCAAGAACAGGGAUGGCGGAGAGUCCUCUGGUGUCUCUACCGGAGCCAACACACCGUCCGCGAGCGCAACAGUCUCCGAGACCGCGAGCGUCAUCCUAGAAGAUCGCGAAAAGGAGGAGGAGCUUCUUACACCGCCAAAGAGCCCAGCCAUGCCCGGGUUGCGUUUCGAAAGCAAGCAUGGCAAUUUGGACGCGGGCGAACCGAGCAGGCUGCCACAAAACUCAGAGAGCUUGCUCCCUGUGGCGCCUCUCCUCGCCGACCCACCCAAAAUCUCAAAAUCAAAACAGAGAGCCCAAGCUCCUCUUCAGCCUCCGGAACCCGAAAAGAAGCGUUCUCAUUCGUCCCGACCGCCACUCUCCCGCAACCGCCUCCGCUCCACUCAACAAGCCACCUCUCCCCUCCUCCGCUCCCUCUCAUUCGAGAAAGUAUCCACUCUCUCCGCACACUCCAAGCUGCCCAUGUCUCCUGGGUCCUACGCCGAGAGCACGUCGAGCUCAGGCGGCGGGAUCCUUGAAACAGCCUGGAUGCAAAAGAUGAUGCGGGAGGUCGCUAGAAAGGUGCAAGAAGAGAAGGAGAGGGAAGCCUCGCGGGAUAGGAGACCACCUCCGCCGCAACAGCCACAGAGCUUGAAAGCUCAACCUGCUGGCAUUUGGGCAGGGACCGAGGAGGAUAUGGAAACCCCACCGCCAGCGUAUGUUGCGUAAGGGAGAGGACGCUGAUGAUGUUACGAAUAAUGUAUUAUGGUGGCGUUUAGAGGUCUGCGCUCGCUUGCAGUCCAUCGCUUUUUCUCGCUCCUUUUCUUUCCUUUGGAUCCCGGGUUGCUUGGGCGGACGGGAGGCGUG